GGCAUACAUCCCUGCUUUUAAAAAACUAUCGGCACCUCCCUUUCAGGUAGCUUUUCCCACUUUGGGACUUUGGAGCACCAACAUAGUUCCUCAGCAGAUCUCACAGCCAUUCCAACAUGACAGAGUCAGCCGAAGCUGUCGCAGCCGAUGUGACCAGCAGGAGAAGUGUUACCAUUGAGAUCUCAAAUAUCACUAACAACUACUGCCUCAUGAACCCCAAGGUGUAUCUUGACAAUGGAGAGACAUUCAACCCUCCUCAACCCACAGUGCGCCCUCUAAAGGCGGAAGUCUGCACUUUCACCAAAUCCAGUGGCAAAGCAACCGGCACCAGCGGCGUCCUGACGUACGAGCUUUUCGAGAGGACGCAGAACGACCACGCUGAGAUUCUGGCCAUCAUGUUCUCAGUUCCCUGGGACUACAACCUGUACAAGAACUGGUUUGCAGUUGGCAUCUAUAAAAAGGGUCGUAACUCUGAUAAAGAUUUGUUCAAAGAAAUGUACUAUGAGAAGAAUCAGCAAGAGCAUGGGUUUGUAAGAGAGGAGGCCACUGGGUCAGGAAUCAAUUAUGUGGGUAACUACCUCGAUAUCAAGGCCACCAUGUGUCCAAUGGGCAAAGCCAUCAUGAAGGUGGAGGUAUGGGAUAGGCUUUUCACACCCAUAGGCCAGCAGGCGUACUAGAGACCCCUCCUGACCAGUAUUUCUGUCAUGAGUCCGCAUAGCAGAAUUCAUCCCUCAAUCUCAAGCUUCUACCCAGCAGACUGCUUCUAAUACAGUCAACACGCAUGAUUUAACAGAUGUAUUGUUGCUGACAUGUGUCUGUAUACCUGGGUAUUACCCUUCAGUAAAUCUUCUUAAGAUCAGAGUUUAGUUUGUUUAUAAAUCCAGGCAGCAAUAACCCCUCUUUAUAGUCGAAGCCUCUGUCUGUUUCAAAAGCAUCCGGUUUUAAAAUGGCAUCUUUAGAAAUGAAAAUCAAAGGAUGACUCACCAGAGGACGAGGGCACAUAGCUUAAUAAAACACACCGAGAGCUUGUCUGUAUUUACCUUGACACUGUAGUCUGAGGAAUGAAAUAAACCCUUUUGCUGAAGCUAUUUGCGUUUGUCUGCUGAUUGAGUUCAGAAAGGCACAAAAGUGCUCAAGAAGAAAUGAGAUUGAAAUUUUUGAAUAUAAAAUUGUGUUUCUUGUGCAUGCAUACUAUCCAAAGCACGCCCUGUAUGUGUGCAAUGGAUCACUUUGAAGUGAAAUUCAGAUU